AUGGCUCUCCUUCGCUUGGCGUUAUAUACCUCAAUGCUCCAGCGGUCGAAAGCCUACACCAAACGACUCGUCAGGACCCAAACCCUUCCUCCUCCUCCACCUCGCCUCUUUGUUAACCAGCCUCAGGACUGUGAUGACUGCCGUGACCAGGCGCAGUGUAUGCUGCUGACGGAACGGGCAAAAGCUGCACAUGAUCGUGCUAGUUAUUUGGCCAACAUGUCGGUUAAAGCUUCACAAGAGCUCGCUAAAGCGAAUAGGUUGGCUGGUCUUCCGGACUUGCAGGACUAUCAUCACCCGAUACCGUGGAGAGAAGACUACGAGAAACGACAGCCGGCAGCACAAAUCGCCCGGUCUCGCCAGCACAACCAACCAAACGGACAUGGCUCUCCCCAGUCAGAUGGUGAAAGGCCGCCUGUCACAAAACGAAAGGCAGAUUCUCCUCUUCCAAAUGAAGGCCCGUUUCGUCGUGCCCGCCCCAACCAGUUAGACGGACAUGGCUCUGUGCAGUCGACUGCUGCUGGUGGUGGUGACAAAGACUCACCUGCCCGUUACUCAACCAGAGGCUCUUACAACUCCGGACCCGAUGCUCCUACCAACUCCUAA